GAAUGCGAUGGCUUGUACAGUACUAGAAGUACUAAGUAACCUCKUGAAAGCGCAACGGAGACCAUGCUCGAGAAGAAAAGAUUCACGGUGUAUCUGCAGAAGCUCAUAUUUAUCGCUAGAUUCCUGUGAGCAGGAGUGGAAAGCCGACAAGCCGACACGGUUCAUAGCCACCGACAAUCGAAAAACUACCGACCAUGCCAAAUCCUGUGUUAGUUGCCGCCGUGGAGGGAGGAGGGACUUCCUUUGUUGUAGCGGUCGCCGAGAUCAAUAUGCAGAGCAACAACACACAGAUUCUCCAUCGGGCCGAAAUCGAUAGCAGUCACGAUGACCCAAAUCGCACCCUGGAAGAAUGCGCUUCGUUCUUUCGAAAUCACAAAAACAUCAGCGAGGAUGGCUAUCGUGCACUCGGGGUAGCUAUGUUUGGACCUCUCGGUUGCAACGCCGAACGCAAGGAGCACUACGGCAGGAUAUUGCCAACGACGCCCAAAAAGAGCUGGAGAGGCGUCGACAUUUUGACUCCGUUGGUCAAAGCCUGCGAGUCAGAAGGCGAACGUGGGAGAAAAAUAGCCGUGAAGAUUGAUACGGAYGUCAAUGCUCCGGCGGUGGCAGAGUACCUAGCAAUCAAAGCAGAUCCGACUGCAACGUCGAAUCCUAUAUCCUCUCUGGCCUACGUGACGAUAGGAACAGGGGUAGGGGUCGGAUUGGUCAUACACGGGCAGCCCAUACACGGAAAAAUGCACCCCGAGGGAGGCCACGUUCCAGUGCAGCCCCUUGAGGGAGAUAACUUUACGGGAUACUCCUGGGGGGCCAACAGCAAGAAUCCCUUCCGCGGAAAACACACCGUCGAAAGCAUGACCUCGAGUGUGGCCCUUGCGGAACGUUUGGAACAACUCCAGGGCGAAGAAGGAAACUCGUCCACUAACCAGCAGAAUCUGAACCGAUCUUGUCUUGCCGAUCUCAAAGACGAUGACCACGAGGUGUGGAGCCAUGCCGCAAACGCCCUGGCCAACUUGUGCGUGACACUGGCAUUGGUAACGUCAGUAGAAAAAAUCGUCUUGGGYGGUGGAGUAAUGAACCGAAACGGAUUGAUCGAAAAGGUUCGCCAACAAACCCGGUUUCUCUUGAACGGUUACCUGGGAGACCUGACGGACGCGGAUCUUUCGGAAUGGAUUACAUCGAGUAGCUACGGUUCCGACGUAGGGCUCAUGGGGGCACUGGUAUUGGCCCAGCAAGCCAUUGCCGAAGAAGCCGAAAGAGAAAAGGCCACCGUGGUCCCAAUCAAGAAAUUGAAACAGAUUGCGUACGGUGCUGGAUUGUGGCAUGGCUUUGGACUGGGUCUUUCGGCAGCAUAUAUUGGAAUUUGUCUAUGGGCUCGUUCUGGAAAGUCUUCAAGUCGUCGAUAAGCCAUAUUGAACUAAGCGAAAUUUAGAGUGAAACAAAACGUCAAAUGUCAUUAUACUGGAUUGUCUUGUGUGGUAGGAAUUCCUUGGGAACUUAGACUUUUUCUAUAGCAACCAUUUCUUUGCACUUUGAUACCAGCUAUUGAAACCUCGMCCUUCAUUUCACGAUUUUUAGCCCUUUGGGAUUUUUUUAUGGAAAUAAACCAUCAUCAUACGA